CUGACUUUGCCUGACCACAUUUUACACACAGCCUGCCACUGAGAAAACAGCCCACUAAUACCACUACUACUACUAAUAAUACUAAUACUACUACUACUAAUACUACUACUCCUAACCCACAACUUGCGCUGACUCACCAAACUACAUCACAGCAGCUGGUGGACACAGUACAGGCAUGGGGACUGUAAUAUUGUUGCUGUUUCCCUUCAUACUGUCCCCCUGGAUGCCCUGUUCCUCUGGGAGACAAUUUAAUCAGGAACCACAGCUUCAGCCAGGACAGCAAGAGAUCCUGCUCAAAAGGGAAGCCUAUCUGGAAGAAAGGAGGUCUAAGAGAGAGGCAGCAGCCAGGUGGCUGGGGGAGGACUAUGACUCCAGCAUGGUCUUCCUGCCUGCAGAUGAACCAGAAGACAUCCCGGCUGGGGGGGCCGAUGUCACUGACCUGCCCACGUGUCUUCUGUGUGUGUGCCUGACGGGUUCGGUCUACUGUGAGGAGGUGGACCCAGAGAUGACGGCUGUGCCCACCCUGCCCAAGGAGACGGCAUACCUAUAUGCCCGCUACAACAAGAUCAAGAAGAUCACCAACAAAGACUUUGCGGACAUCGUGACUUUGAAGAGGAUUGACCUGACGGGGAACCUAAUCUCUGAGAUUGAGGACGGAGCCUUCUCCAAGCUCACCCUGCUGGAGGAGCUCAACCUGGCUGAGAACCGGCUGGUCAGGCUGCCCAUGCUGCCCAGCAAACUUACCAUCUUCAAAGCCAACCACAAUCUACUGAAAACCAAAGGGGUCAAAGUCAAUGCUUUUAAGAAAAUGGACAAGCUGGUUACCCUCUUUUUGGGAGACAAUAUGCUGCAGGCCAUCCCAUUGAUCCCUGAGAGUGUCCGUAUUCUUCACCUGCAGAACAACAACAUCACCGACGUCAGCGCCGACACGUUCUGUAAGAGCAAUAACACCUACUACGUCAGACCAAACUUAAUCGAGGUCAGGAUGGAUGGGAACCCGGUGUUGUUGUCCAAGCAUCCUAACAUCUUCACUUGCCUCAAGUCUCUGCCUAUUGGGAAAUAUCGCUAAGGCCAAACUCCCCCUGUGGAAAUAAGUCUUCGAAAAGGUGGACCAAUUACGGUAACCUUCCCAAAAUUCUCAGGUUUUGCAAAUAUUUCCUUAGGAAGAGUCCCGAAUCAGAGGGGAAUAAGCAGGAAAUCUAAUGCCCUCCGAGAAAAUCUGCAAAACCAGGGAAUUUGGGAUACUUUUUUUAAAGUUAUACAAGUCUGACAGAUACUGUUUAUUAGAAAUACAUACAAGUUCGUCAGGGGUGUUUUCAGUCAGGUGAAACAGUGUAACAGACUUACAUGUAGGAAUUAAUAAAUACAACUGAAUUCCUUACUUGACAAAGACAAGACAAUCUUGUAUGAUUGGUCUUUACACAGUAUUAUGAUUGUUCUCUCUCAAUCUCAGAAGACUAGGAUUCACAAUUUUUUAAAUCUCCCUUAAGCAAGCAACAUUGUUGAAUUUUAACUCUGUGUUGUUUCUGAGGAACAUUUCCUUUAUAUAUAGACUGGUCUUGAACAGAACUUGAACAAAACAAAUCAGCUAGAUAGAGUUUAGAUUUUGUAAAUAAACAUUUCCUUGAAUGUUUGCUUUUGCAUACUGUAUAAAUCAUAACUACAAAGGGUUGAGUCAAGCUUUUGGCUUUCCUCCGAAUUCUGUGAAUUAUCUUAGUUUAAACCGUUUUUUUUAACUUAACUCCAUUAGCAGUUGAUGACAAAUGUAUCUUUAACAUACAUAGCCUAGAGUAAUGUGAACAUAAUGUCUGUUCUUCCUACAUCAUAAUCUUUGAUAAUGAAAUUGCUGGAGGUGAAAACUUUCUCUAAAGUUUUUUUUUCUUUCAUUCAUAAUUACUAAAAAUAAUUUAGUAUUACCUAUGUGAAUAAAUAAAAUAUGUACAGUACAAAAAGUAUGUAACUGGUUGUGUUUCUACAUUUUAAU